AUGCGGCCUGUUGUGCAUCUUUGCAAAAUCGGCGGUGGUCCGCGGCUGUAUUCGGCGGCGGCGCCUGCGCUCCGCAUCAACGCGGCGCGUCUCCACGAGACGCUUCACCACACCUGCCAAUGGGGCUCCGCACACCGCUACGGCGAGGGCCCGACACAGACGGGCAUGAACCGUCUGGCGCUGACCGAUGACGACGUGGCGGUCCGGACGUGGUUCCGCGGCGCCAUGGAGGACCUCGGCGCCACUGUCAGUGUCGACCAGCUCGGCAACAUGUUUGCGCGGAAGGCGGGAAAGGGCCGGUCGUCGGCGCCGAUGAUCGCCAUGGGCAGCCACUUGGACACGCAGCCGCGUGGCGGCCGGUACGACGGCAUCCUGGGCGUGGUGGCGGCGGUGGAGGUGAUGCGGACGCUCAAGGACAGCAACUACGAGACGCACUUUGACGUUGGCGUCGUCAACUGGACAAACGAGGAAGGCGCGCGGUUCCCCGUCUCCAUGAUGGCGUCCGGCGUCUGGGCCGGCAAGAUCCCGCUCGAGACGGCCUGGAACACGCGCGACGUCUUCGACCCCAGCAAGACGGUCAAAUCGGAGCUCGAGCGUCACGGGCUCAUCGGUGACGUGGCCUGCUCGCACGAAUCGUACCCCCUCGGCGCGCACUUUGAGCUGCACAUUGAGCAGAGCCCCGUCCUGCAGGACACUGGUAAGAAGAUUGGCGUCGUGCAGGGAGCGCAGGCGUAUAAGUGGUUCACCGUUCGAGUCACGGGCCGAGACUCGCACACGGGCACCACGCCUUUGUAUAUGAGAAGCGAUCCAUUACUCGCGGCGGCCAAGAUGAUUUCUCGUGCGCAUGAAAUUGCCAAGAGCCACGGGGCGUUAGCCUCGACGGGUAUCUUUAAAAUUCCAGCGACAUCGUCGACAAACACAAUUGCCGCGCACGUCUCACUCUCCCUUGAUGUACGCCACCCGGAAGAUGCCGUCGUCGCCACGGUCGUUGAAGAGAUCAACGAGUCCUUUGUCAAGAUUGCCCGGGAGGACGGCAAGGGCGUGAGCUACACGAUGACGCUGGACACGGAUUCGCCAGCCGUCAAGUUUGAUAAGGACUGUAUUCAUACUGUCGAGAGCGCGGCGACGAAUGUAGUUGGGAGCGACGGAUGGUGCCAUCUCACGAGCGGCGCCGGCCACGACAGCGUCUACACGAGCAAGAUAUGCCCUACGACGAUGAUCUUCGUGCCCUGUAAGGAUGGCGUCAGCCACCAUCCCGAAGAGUACACCUCACCCGAGGACUGUGCUCUUGGCACCCAAACCCUGCUCGACGCCGUAGUUGGAUAUGACCAGUUUAAGGCGAGUCGGUGA